CUGGCCACGCCUCUGCGUGACAAACACAAAAUCAUAAACAAAGAGCACUCCUGCGGAUGAGGAAAAAGCAGCAGUCUCCGAUCGCGUUAAACUGUGAUUACAUAGAAAGUUUUAAGGGAGCGUCUAUGGAGCUCUUUGGGACGCUGGUUUUGGCUGCGAUCAUCUUGGGUCUGCUGUUUCUUGUAUUUCGAAAGGACUCCUCUCGCUACAGCAGAAUGCCACCGGGACCGACUCCACUUCCUUUAAUUGGGAACAUGCUGCAAUUGAACCCCAGGGCACUCCACGAAAGUUUUAUGAAGCUGAAAGAGACGUAUGGACCUGUGAUGACGGUGCACGUGGGUUCAAGGCAAGUCUUGGUUCUUGUCGGAUUCGAAGCGGUCCAUGAGGCUCUGGUGCAACAGGCUGACGUGUUUGCUGGGAGAGCGCACGCGCCGGUGGUUGAUAUGCUUAAACUCGACUAUGGUUUGGCACAAAGUAAUGGAGAACGCUGGAAACAACUCCGCCGCUUCUCUGUGUCAACCCUACGAGAUUUCGGAAUGGGAAAGAGCAGCAUCGAGGGCUGGAUUCAAGAGGAAGCUAAAAACCUGACAGAGGAAUUCAGAAAAACCAAAGGUACUCCGUGUGAUCCCACCAUCUUUUUAAGUUGGGCUGUGUCAAAUGUCAUCUGCUCCCUUGUGUUUGGUCAGCGGUUUGAUUACCAAGAUAAAAAUUUUAUUGGCAUGCUAUCUCUGUUUAAUGAAAAUCAACGUUUGUUCAGCACCCCUCUUGCAAUGCUAUAUGGCUUGUUUCCAGUGCUCAUUAAACUAACACCAGGAUUUUUCAACAAGUUGUUAAUGAAUCUGAAUGAAAUUAAGCAAUUUAUUUCAGCAAUGAUUGAUAAACACCAAGCAACGCUGGUUAGCGACAGCCCCAGGGAUUUUAUAGACAGCUUCCUCAUCAAAAUGAAACAGGAAAGUCACAAUCCAGACACAGAAUUUCACUUUGACAACUUACACAUGACAGUUUUAAAUCUCUUUACGGCGGGGACGGAUAGCACCAGCACCACACUGCGAUAUGGACUGCUGAUCCUCAUGAAAUACCCACACAUCCAGGAAAGGGUCCAGAAGGAGAUUGACUCUGUGAUUGGACAAGACCGUGCCCCAGCCAUGGAGGACCGGAGGAAGAUGCCCUACACUGAUGCUGUACUGCAUGAAAUUCAGAGGUUCAUUGAUUUUGUGCCUUUAAAUAUUUUUCAUAUGACGACAAAGGACACUAUCUUCAGAGGCUACUCCAUUCCAGCGGGUACAAUGGUGGUCCCGCUACUUCACUCAGUAUUGUAUGAUGAGACGAAGUGGGCAACCCCUCACUCCUUCAACCCUGAUCACUUCCUGGAUGACAAUGGCUGCUUCAAACUGAACCCAGCUUUCAUGGCCUUUUCUGCAGGAAAACGCAUCUGUGCAGGUGAAAGCCUGGCCAAGAUGGAGCUCUUCUUGUUUUUCACCACCCUCCUGCAAAACUUCACAUUUCGCCCCACAGAAGAUCCUGCCAAUAUCAGCUUGUUGCCACAUUCUACGUCUUUUUUUAAAACUCCCAAACCAUACAAGUUUACGGCCAUCCCACGAGAGGAAUGACAUCUACGCAUCAAGCUGCUUAAAGUAAAAGAAAGGAAUACACACGCAAGUAAACAUAUACUCAAAUAAAAUGUUUUUAACAUUUUAACUUUUCAUACUACUCCUACCACUACCAUAGUUUGUUUUGUAAUUUUGUACGUUUCUUUGUAUUUAAUCACUUUUACUUAAUAAAUAAACAAGUAAUAGUUUCUACUGUGGAAAAUUCUGCAUAAAAUGUAUUCCUGUAUGAACAUUUGGAAGGCUCAAAAGAAACAUUCAAGAUUACCAUUUUAUAGAUUUUAUAUCAGAUUUUAAUACAAUUCUGCACCACAUUUUGUAGGUAAACUGAUUGAUCAAUUCUGUUUAGACCUUAACUGGGUUAGGUGGAUUCUGGACAUUUUAACAAACAGAAUGCAAAGAGUGAGUGUUAAUGGCUAUUUUUCUGGUAGCCUAAAUGUAUCUGUUGGUACUCCACAGGGGGGCUGCCUAUCACCUCUUUUGUUUAUCAUAUAUACGAAGGGCUUCAGGAGUUCACUCAAGGACCGACAUACUAUAACCUGAAAUUUGCACACAACUCCAUCACAGUGAGAUUUCUAGAAAAUAACGAGGACAGUCGUGGCCUAUUGUUGAUGAGUUCAUUUAAUGGCGUGAUUGUUUAUUUUUAUUGAUUAAAAUUUCUGACACAAUGGAUAUGUUUAUAGAUAUUUAAAGUGAAGGCAGUGGUGAUGGUGGAGCACUACAAAUAUCAAGUGACAGUUAUUGAUGACAGGCUAAACUUUGAUCUUUACACAGAACAAAUUUGUAAGAAAGGGCAGACAUGUUUUUUGUUUCUUAGGAAACUCAAUUGUUUUAAAGUGAACAAAGCCGUAAUAUCUUAUUUUACCAGUCUUUUGUUGAACCUGUUGUCACAUUUGAUUUUAUUUGUUGGUUUGGCAACCUCAGUAUGAAGGCUAUACACCAAUCAGCCACAACAGUAAAACCACUAACAGGUGACGUAAAUAACAUUAAUUAUGUUGUUAUAGUGGCACCUGGCAAGUGUUUGAAUAUAUUAAGCAGCAAGUAAACAGUCCUUGAAGGUGAUGUGUUGGAAGCAGGAAAAAUGGACAAGUUCAAGGAUCUGAGUGACUUUGAUUAGAGCCUAAUUGAGCUAAAUGACUGGGUCAAAGCAUCUCCUAUAUGACAGGUCUUGUGAGAUGUUCCCAACAUGCAGUGGUCAGUACCUACUAAGAUUAUUCCAAAGGAGGACAACUGGUAUACUAACAAUAGAAACAUGAGUGCCCAAAGCUCAUUAAUGUACAUGGGGAGUGAAGGGUAGCCCAUCUGCUCUGAUCCCACAGUAGCACAAAUUGCUGAAAAACAUAAUGCUAUCCAUGAGAGAAAGAUGUCAAAACACACAGUGCCAGAUUGCUGUGUAUGAGGCUGCUUAGCCACAGACUAGUCAGAGUACCCAUGAUGACCCCCUGUCCACUGACAAAAGCAACUAACAUGAGCAUCAGAACUCUCUCAUUGAGCAUUGGAAGUAGGUGGCCUGGUCUGUUUCCUUUGAGAUCAUGUGGACGGCUGGGUGCGUGUAUGUCAGCUACCUGUGCACUUUGGGGAAAAAGGCAAGCCAGUGUUAUGCUCUGGACAAUAUUCUGAUGGGAAACAUUGGGUCCUGGCAUUGAUGGGGAUGUUACUUUAACAUGUAUCUAAAGAUUGUUGCAGACCACGUAUAUCAUUUCAUGUCAUUGAUAUUCCCUGAUGGCAGUGGCCGCUUUCAACUGGAUAAUGUGCCCUUCCACACUACACACAUUGUUCAAGAAUGGUUUGAGGAACAUGACAUGGGUUUUAACGUGUUGACUUGGCCUCACAUUCCCCAGAUCUCAAUCCUAUCAAGCAUCUGUAGGAUGUGCUAGGAAAACAAGUUUAUCCAAGGAGGCCCCACCUCACAACUUGCAGGACCUAAUGCAUCUGCUGCUAAAGUCUUGGUGCCAUAUACUACAGGAAACCUUCAGAUGUUUUGUAUAGUCAAUGCCUUGAUGGGUUAGAAUUGUUUUGGAGGACGUACACAAUAUUAGGCAGGUGAUUUUAAUGUUGUAGCUGAUCAGUGUAAAUCAUCUUAACCACAUUGUUCAAAUUAUCAAUAAAAUUAUUGGUCUGCAGUAAAACAUUGUAAUUGAGCUGUAUUACAAACAGCUUAGAAAGAAGGCUGACCCAGUUCUGUCAGAUAGUCACCAUCCUUUUCUCUCUUAAUUUUACUUGUUGCCAUUAGGCUGCAGGUUUAGGUUUCUGUGCGUAAUGAGCAAGAGAUUUAAGAACUGUUUUAUUCUCAGAACUAUACACAUUUUGAAUUAUGUUAAUUGUAGGGAACCUGCUAAAUUCUAAAUUAUUAUUUUGUGUACUGUUAAAGGCAACUAUUAUUCUUUGUACUAAUGUUGAAUCUGUGUACUUAUGAUAACACUAGUCUUUGCUUAUUUUGUUGUUAUCUGUUUAACAGUGUCUUAUGUUUCUGUACUACUGUGCUGCAAACUAAUUUGGGGAUUAUGGAGUCUAUUGUACCUAACCUUAACCUAACCUAAUAAAUUAGUGAAAAAGCUAAAACAAAAGAAAAAGAAUUGUUGAUAGGAUUAUCACCUCUUCAACUCACCUCUUUAUUAAAAUGUCAAUAAAACGACUUUACAACAGCA